AGAGGCGGGCGUGGGGCCGAUGACAUAAAAGCCGGGUUUCCGGAACGCCAGUGCCAGUCUCGAGGCUGAGGCGUGCAGAUGGCGCUCCGCGGCAAGAGACCGGAGCACGGCGGGCCCCCCGAGCUGUUUUACGACAAGAAUGAAGCCCGGAAAUACGUGCGCAACUCACGGAUGAUAGAUGUCCAGACCAAGAUGGCUGGGCGAGCUUUGGAGCUUCUCUAUCUGCCUGAGGGUCAGCCCUGUUACCUUUUGGAUAUUGGCUGUGGUUCUGGGCUGAGUGGAGAUUAUCUUUCGGAUGAAGGGCACUAUUGGGUGGGCAUCGACAUCAGCCCUGCCAUGCUGGAUGCGGCCUUGGACCGGGACACUGAGGGAGACCUGCUUCUGGGGGACAUGGGCCAGGGCAUCCCCUUCAAACCAGGCUCCUUUGAUGGUUGUGUCAGCAUUUCUGCUAUACAGUGGCUCUGUAACGCAAACAAGAAGUCUGACAUCCCUGCCAAGCGUCUGUACUGCUUCUUUUCUUCUCUUUACUCUGUGCUGGUCCGUGGAGCCCGUGCUGUCCUGCAGCUGUACCCUGAGAACUCAGAGCAGUUGGAGCUGAUCACAACCCAGGCCACCAAGGCUGGCUUCACGGGUGGCGUGGUGGUGGACUUCCCCAACAGUGCCAAGGCCAAGAAGUUCUACCUCUGCUUGUUUUCUGGGCCUUCAACCUUUCUGCCAAAGCCCCUGAAUGAGAGUAACGACGAUGACGAGGAGGUCCAGGAGUCCGAGUUCACGAGAGAGAGGGUCCUGUACAGGAUGGCGAGGCGCGGGGUCGUGAGGAAGAGCCGCGAGUGGGUGCUAGGGAAGAAGGCACGGCGCAGGCGGCAGGGCAAGGACGUCAGACCGGACACCCGGUACACCGGCCGCAAGCGCAGGCCCCGCUUCUGAGCGGCGAGCUGGACGUGUUUGGAGGCCCAGCGACAAGCCUUGUCACCCACCUUGUCGCCCGCCGGGGGUUCUGUCGAAGUGCCUAGUUCCGUUAGCUGACAGAAUACUGUUUCAGGAAAGUUCUCAAGUUCUAACCAUUUCCUUUCACUAACAGAAGUUCUUGUUCUAAAAGCAAUAAACCACUUUUUGUGAA